AUGAAGACGUCAUUGAUGAUAUUCAUGUUCAUAUCAUUGGCUAAAACCAUUAAUGGAGAAGCCCCUACUAGAUUCUUCGACUGGAAUGUUACUUAUGGUGAUGUAUCUCCUCUUGGAGUUAAACAACAGGGAAUAUUCAUAAACGGGCAGUUUCCGGGCCCACAAAUCGAUUGGAUGACUGAUGACAAUGUGAUUGUUAAUGUUCACAACAGCUUGCCCGAACCAUUCCUCAUUACCUGGAACGGGAUACAACAGAAAAGAAAUUCAUGGCAAGAUGGAGUUUAUGGCACGAAUUGCCCCAUCCCACCUGGUCAAAACUUCACAUACAAUCUUCAAAUAAAGGAUCAAAUCGGAAGCUUCUUCUACUUCCCUUCCCUUGCUUUUCAUAGGGCUGCCGGAGGCUUUGGCGGCAUCACAAUCUCCAGCCGCCCUUUAAUCCCUGUCCCAUUCCCACCACCUGCCGGAGAUUUCACCAUCAUCGCCGGUGACUGGUUCAAACAAAACAACACCGAUUUGAAAGCAAUUUUAGACGGCGGACAUGAUCUUCCAUUCCCCGAUGGUAUUCUCAUCAACGGCCGUGGACCUAAUAGACUUAAAUUCACAGUUGAUCCAGGGAAAACUUACAGGUUGAGAAUUUCGAAUGUGGGGCUUACGACAUCGAUCAAUUUCAGAAUCCAGAACCAUAAGAUGCUGCUGGUUGAGGUGGAAGGGACUCAUACUGUUCAGAACACAUACUCUUCUCUCGAUAUCCAUCUGGGUCAGUCGUAUUCCGUUUUGGUCACCGCCGAUCAACCACCGCAUGAUUACUACAUGGUCUUCUCAACCCGAUUCACCUCUCAAGCCCUCGCCUCAUCCUGCACUCUUCAUUACAGUAACUCUCCGGGAACUUUUCCGGCUCCUCCACCUGGUGGCCCAACCGGGCAAUUCGAUUGGUCAUUAAAUCAAGCUCGAUCAGUUAGGCAAAACUUGAAGGCAAAUGGACCGAGGCCAAACCCACAAGGGUCGUACCAUUACGGGACGAUUAACUGCACUCGAACAAUCAGGCUUGCAAACUCUGCUCCGAUUAUAAAUGGGAAACAGAGGUACGCCGUCAAUAGCGUGUCUUUUAUUCCGGCGGACACCCCUCUCAAGAUUGCUGAUUACUUCAAGAUCCCCGGCGUGUUUUCCCUUGGAACAAUUCCAGACAGCCCCACCGGUGGUAGUGGUGGUGGUAUCCUCCGGACUUCCGUCAUGGCUGCUGAUUUCAGAUCGUUUGCUGAGAUUGUGUUUGAGAAUUCUGAAGAUACUGUACAAUCAUGGCACAUUGAUGGCUCCUUCUUCUUUGUCGUCGGGAUGGAUGGAGGGCAAUGGUCAGCUGCUAGCAGAACAAGAUACAAUUUAAAAGAUGGGAUUACUCGCUCUACGGUUCAGGUAUAUCCGAAAUCGUGGACCGCAUUGUAUGUGCCAUUGGAUAAUGUAGGGAUGUGGAAUUGGAGGUCUCAGAAUUGGGCUCGACAAUAUUUAGGCCAACAAUUUUACUUGCGGGUUUAUUCUCCUGUGAACUCAUGGAGAGAUGAGUAUCCGAUCCCCAAGAACAUACUUACUUGCGGUCGUGCAAGCGGCAGGAGGCCUCCUCCUUUAUAAUUAAUAGUGACAGAAUGUCAUGAAAGGGUGGCUACUUCUAUACUUAGGAAGUUUAGGAUCUUUAAGGUUUUUGUACAAGGCUAUGCCAUGUAAUACCUUCUAAUCCAAGAUGAUUUUAGUAAUAGAAGUUCAUAUGACUUGUGGUUUUCCCAUAAGGAUUUCCACCCAUAUACUUGUGUGUGUAUGUGUACAUAUAUGUAGGUAUGUGUAUAUAUAUGUAUGUAUGCACGUACUUAUGUAUGUAAAUAGGUAUGUAUGUAUAAAUAUCAUAUCAAAACGUUCACACAAUUGUUGGUGAUUUCACGGUCACCAUGUCAUUUUAGUAAUGCAAUUUAUAGAUUACCAAUCGGAUUCUAUAAAA